CUUAAAACUUUAUAGCGUGGUAACCCCACACGAAGUGGCGCAAGAUGGCCGCGCAGGUCUGGCGUCGGCGUCUCGGGAUGGUCCUCCUCGUGCUGUGGCGAGCGACCUGGACCUCCGGGUUCCUGCAGUCGCCCGAGGGCCAGAUGUUCUUUACCGCCUAUAUCAGUGCCCUCGGCGUCAAGUGCGUCAAUGUCUUCCUCCCGGCUGGCAGCAUGGGAGGUGGUCAGGUGCCUGUGGGUGUGCUGCGGGCGGCGUGGUCAGGGACGCCCCUCAGUCUGGCCCUCAAGAGGGUGAGGAGUGGGCGGGACGUGGGCGUGGCCCUGGCCACUGAAGGCAUGACCAGUACCCUCAAUGUUGCUUUCCUGCACGCCCGCGAGGACCUUAGUCUCUUCGUCGAGGUCACUCACGAGUCCCUGGUGAGGCAUCACUCAUGGCUGGUGCUGGGUGAUUCUCGCCUCCUCACUCAGGCCGGACUCACGCCUCGCCUGCCUCUCGACAACCUGGUGACCUUCGCUUCCUUCAACUGGACGGAGACUAACACCACUAACGUGACUCGGGUCGACCUCUCAGAGAUAUACACCAUACGUCCCGACCUGCCCUUCGUCACCCACAGGCUGGGGUCGUGGAGGCCCCUGGCGUCACUCAAACUUCCUGAGGAACACUGGAGCGAGAGACGCACCAACCUCACCGGCCUCCACCUGCGUUGUGUCACACUGUCCCAGCCACCAUUCCUCACCGUGGGACUGCCUGACCAGGAGGGACGCGCGGCGCUGGUCGCCGGCUACGUGAAGGACGUCUGGGACGCUCUCCAGGAUAUUCAUGGCUUCACAUAUGCGUGCCGCUUGCCGGAGGAUGGUGCAUGGGGAUCGCAGAGCCCUGAUGGGAGGUGGAAUGGCCUGGUGAGGGAGGUAGUGGAGGGGCGGGCCGACGUGGUGGUCACUUCCCUUGACCACAACCAAGCUAGGGCUAAGGCCAUCGACUUUCUCUUUGGCCUCAAAGAGGUUGGGUACCGCAUGGUGGUGAGACGUCCCGGGCUGGGGGAACAACCCUGGAAGAGUUUCACUGCUGAACUCCUGCCAGACGCUUGGCUCGGCACCAUCGCCUUCGUGGUGUUCGUGCCGCCCUGCCUCGCCCUCUGUGCCUAUUUCUCCCCCUUUGAAACGGAGGUGGUCACCCUCAAGGAUGCCUACAUAGUGACCAUUGGAGCUCUCGCCAUUCAAGGUUCGUGGCUUGAGGUUCAAAGUACCUCGAGUCGCAUCGUCUUCACCACCAUCUUCUUCGCGACGCUGCUGGUGUAUGCUUACUACACCAGUGCCCUCGUCUCCAUCCUCACCGUCGCCUCCACCAACACCGGCUUCUCCAGCCUCCAGAGCCUGCUGCAGGAUGGCACCUUCCAGUUCGGCUUCGCAACGGGCACGUUCCUCGAGGAAGAGUUUAAGAACGCUAAGCAGCUGCUCUUCAAAGAGGUGUGGCAAAGGCUGGUGGCCCCUGAUCCAUCUAAUCUGGUUCACAGUCAUCAGGAGGGCAUCAGGAAGGUGAUAAAGGAGAGUUACGUGUACAUGAUGGAGGAGAACGGGUUCCACUCCCUGCUGGAGGAGCAGUGCGAAGUUGUGCUUGCCGAGGGCCUUUACUUCUCCACACAAACUGGCUUGGCUCUCGACUUCGACUCCCCGCUCAAGAGGGUCUUUGAUGCACAGUUGAUGAGGCUGCGGGACGGUGGACUUCUGAGCAGGUUGUGGCAGAAGUGGCAGCCUCCACCGACCCUGUGUACGGACCCGGGGGUCAUCGCCCUCAACAUGCGACACCUCUUCACCGCCUUCCUCCUGCUCCUGCUGGGGGUGGUCCUGGCCGCCUUACUCCUCCCCUGCGAGAGACUACACUGGAACAUCAUCGGCAAAACCAAGGCUGCUCGAGACAACCGGUUGAGACGGGAGCAGGGCAACUCCCGGUCAGAAAUGGUGGGGGGAACCUUGAGGAACACCGGGCCAUCUAGGGCAUGGGUUGCUAACCACAACAGGCUGGUGGCCACCCUUCCCUCGCAGAAUCACAAAGAACUCAUCGCCAUUAACCGUGGCUUUCGUACAUACUUACGUUAUUAGGGGCGGGGUAAUGUGAAGGGUUUUAUCAUAAUGAUAUUCCUCAUAGGUUGCAUUAAAAUAAAGGUUUACUUGGGUAUGCAUACCUCUAGUGCUCUCUCUAGUAUGUAUAUGUUCCAAGGGAGCUCUAUUGACUAGCCUCACUAAAGUGAAUGUGGAACAUAUACACACUAGGACAACUUUGGAACAUAAAUAUACACUAGAGCAAACUUAGAGCAUAUAAACACUAGAGCAUAUAAGAACGUUCACAAGGCAUUAUUAAACAGUGGACGGCUCAGUGACGGUACUGAGUACUUACCUUCACCGUUCACGACAACACCUCAAGACUGGUCACUGUCACAACCUUCAUACAACAGUCUUACUGUAGACACGUAAUGACUGAUGAUCAUACCACAUGAACAAGCAGCUUGCCCAGAUAACGAAGACAGCUUGGCCGGAUCAUAAAGAAGGCCAAGCUUGGCCGGAUGAUACAGACGAGUGCAUGACACUAACGAGACAGGAUUGAAGAAACGUAAAAAAGUAGAACGCAGUACUAAAACUGACAGCCAUUGAUCAUUAAGACUGAACACACAGGAUCGUAUUCCAGUGUAAUACAUGCAGCCUUCAGAGUUAUCAGAAAAUUAUUCAUUUAUGUAUUGCACUAUAAAAAUAUAUUAUACUUGUCAUUGUUUGACAAGAAUAAUAUAUUAUGAGAAAGAGGAGGCGCAGCAAUCAGUGUAGAAGCCACCACUCCAAGGUAGCCACCACUCCAAGGUAGCCACCACUCCAAAGUAGCCACAUACAAGUACAGAAUUGCCCCAGGCAAUAGCAGUUGGAUUAAGGAGUCAGGUCACCAGCAGAGGUAGACUUGGGUCACCAUGGCAUGGCCAUGAUGUCACCAAUCCAUGUGACCUCCGAUGACCUAUAGGAAGUCCAGUAUAUCCAAGCUGACAUAGUAAGCCGAUCUCUGCUUGCCUAAUCAUGAGAAAUGAAAGUUGGAAGCUGACUAGAGCGUGAUCCCAUGCCGGACAUGUCAUUCCAGCCUAAAAUGCAGUUUCAGUAGGAUGUGUGCAUGUGAUGUUAUUGGCGAAUAACAAAACCGCAUUGUUUUGUCCUCAGUGCAUCAAGUUACCUAUUUGUCGUCAAAUAACCUGCACGUGGCCGGAAUCCCGCGGUGCAAUUAUUGUUGUCAGAUGAAGUGAAAUUGGUGGUAAAGUAGAUUAUUACGAGGGUGUACCCAGAUGCAACAAAGUAGUGUGCCUUUUUCAUCGUGAAAUAUCUAAGUCAUCAGUAGAAUUAUAGUAUGGUAAAGUAAUGAGUGAACAUUGUGUGUUAAACUGCAGUGCAGCAGUAGAUAUUCAAAUCAUGAAGUGCCUGUAACAAAAGUCUGAAGACGGAGCAAAUAAUUCAAGCCGCUACUCUAAGAUUUCUCACUGGAACCCGUAUAGCAACCUGUCCUCAGACCAAGUCCAUUUGGUCGACCCCAAAGACACAGUCAUAAAUAUUAACAUGCUAUUCAUUCAAA